GGCGGGUCUGUUGACAGGAAGCGUGUGAGGCGGAAUCACUACAAUCGCUUGUAGUUUAGCCUGACAAGCAGGAAUGUCAGAUUUGUUCACCCCGCUCGGACGCGUGUGGACUUAAAUUAUGCUUUUUAAGAUCGACCCGGAUCAAAGAUGCAAUGGAGAUCAAUAGUAGUAGGUCUGGUCGUGUUGAGACUCUCGCUCAGCUGUGUGCUGUGGCUAGCUUUUGGGCUCGGACCCAACGUUAGCUGGGGGUUCAACUUCCACCUCAGCUUCAAUUUGCACAAAUUAGACUUGUUAUUCAGGGAGGAGAAAGGGACCGACCAGAGGGGCAACUCGUGGUCUCAGCGUAUACACGGACAGAGAUAUGAGGAGACGACGAGGACCUGUGCGAAGGUGGGAGAGGAGUCACUCAAGAGAUCCUACCUGAGCUUCUUCGAUGGCAACAAGGACGAGUACGUCCGCAGAUACAGCUCGUUCCCCGACACGCUGAAAGCGAAAAUGAAGGGCAUGGCAAAGGAAAUGUUUUAUUUCGGAUAUGACAAUUACAUGAAAUAUGCCUUCCCCGAGGACGAGCUGAAUCCCAUUGACUGUGAGGGGAGGGGACCAGACGUGCUAAACCCGUCAAACAUCAACAUAAAUGACGUCUUGGGGAACUAUUCCCUUACACUCAUUGACACCUUAGACACCCUGCUGGUGCUCGGCAAUGUGACAGAGUUCCAGAGAGCUGUCAAGCUGGUUAUAGAUACGGUGUCUUUUGACAAGGACUCAACUGUGCAAGUUUUUGAGGCAAACAUCAGGAUCUUGGGAAGCCUUAUCUCAUCUCACAUCCUGCUGACAGACCCAAAACAUCCCUUUGGAAAGGUGGGCUUUGAAGGUUACGAUAAUGAGCUGCUUCACUUGGCCCAUGACUUGGCCGUCCGCUUGCUACCUGCCUUUGAAAACACCAGCACAGGCAUUCCUUACCCAAGGGUGAACCUGAAGACGGGCGUUCCACCUGAUAGCAUCAAUGAGACUUGUACCGCGGGUGCUGGGUCACUCCUGGUGGAGUUUGGAAUUCUGAGCCGCUUGAUUGGAGACUCCACGUUUGAGUGGGUCGCCAGACGAGCUGUCAGAGCUCUGUGGAGCCUGAGGAGCAACGAAACCGGUCUGUUAGGGAAUGUAGUUAAUAUCCAAACAGGCCAGUGGGUUGGCAAGCAGAGUGGUCUGGGAGCUGGCAUGGACUCCUUCUAUGAGUAUUUGCUCAAGUCAUACAUCCUUUUUGGCGAAAAAGAAGAUUACAGGAUGUUUCAAGCUGCUUACGAGAGCAUUCAGAACCACAUGAGAAGAGGGAGAGAGUCGUGUAACGAAGGAGAAGGUGACCCACCCCUCUAUGUUAAUGUGAACAUGUUCAGCGGGGAGAUAAUGAACACCUGGAUUGACUCCCUUCAAGCCUUCUUCCCUGGGCUGCAGGUGCUGAAUGGUGAUGUGGAUAAUGCCAUUUGCCUGCACGCCUUCUACUAUGCCAUCUGGAAGCGCUUCGGGGCUUUACCAGAGCGAUACAACUGGCAGCUGCAGGCCCCUGAUGUGCUCUUCUACCCUUUAAGACCAGAGCUGGUGGAGUCCACCUAUCUGCUGUACCAGGCGACCAAAAAUCCUUUCUAUUUGCACGUGGGAAUGGAUAUUCUUCAGAGCCUUGAGAAAAAUGCCAAAGUCAGAUGUGGGUACGCCACUCUCCACCAUGUUGUGGACAAAUCCAAAGAAGAUCGCAUGGAGAGCUUCUUUCUCAGCGAGACAUGCAAAUACCUUUACCUGCUGUUUGACGAGGACAACCCCCUUCACAGAUCCGACAACAAGUACAUCUUCACCACAGAGGGCCAUGUCGUGCCUAUAGACAAGCGUUUCAGGGAGAAACAGUGGAAUGACUUGUUUCCUUGUGAAGAGGGAGUGCUGACAGAAAGAGAGAUGAACAACCGGUCACCCCCCAACAACAUCAGCAAUUGCAACAGGAUCCCAGAUGAGCGGCGGUACACUCUGCCACUGAAGAGCAUCUACAUGAGGCAGAUCGAUCACAUGGUGGGUCUUUUCUGAGUGAGAGGAUGCAUGUGGUGACACUGGCACGAACAGGCCUUCGGCAUACCCACUCAGGUGCAAAUGCAGUGAGAUUAAAAAGGAUCCACUGUCGGUCAGAAUCCUCGUCCUGUCAGUUCCUGUCGGGAAACUGAGACUACAACGAACCUGAGAAAGCAACUUGAUCACUUUAAGUAAAACAUGAACAACUUUCUUCCUGGAAAAUGAGGAGUCAUGAGUAGAUUAUGUAAGUGAUUUUUUUUUUUAAAGGAGCAAAAAAAAUGUCUGAGGUAUUGGUUCAGAUAUGAAUGUGUCUACAGUGUGUGAGUGUGUGUGUGUGAAUGUGUGAAUGUGUGUGUAUGCGUUUUGAAAUUACAGCUGAGCUGUGAAUCAUAAUGAUGCGUUUAUGGGAACAGUGCCAUCUAGCCACACAUGUGUAAAAUGCAUAGCCUAUAAAAACACUCACAUCUAAGAACUAUCACUCUAAACAUGAUUAGUGCCUCUUUGCAGUUGUUGAUUCACUUGACUAGUUCAGUGCUUUUACUUAAGGGCUGCGCAUUAACAGCUAACGACAGCGAGAAAGAGGUUCAGGAUGACUCUUGCUGUUUUUAAAGUGCCUUCAGUUUUUCUCGGUCUUUCUGGAUGCUGUACAGUAUAACACAUAACACUGUCAAGUAUUCUUGGAGGCCGCUGUUUAUUGCACAAUAGAUGUCAUUCCAUGUGUGUGUACAGUUUUACACCAAUUAUGACAUAAAAGUGUAAAGCACUUUUUUUUUUUUUUGACACGAGACAAGCCAUAAAGUGUAUUUUUUUAAUGUUAAUGAGUGAAAAAAGUGUUUGUUUUACAUCAUUUCUCUGUCAGAAGUAUGUAGUACACAGUUUAUUCUUACUGAUGGAGGUUGCUUGUUGCUGUUUCUCUUUCUAUUUCUCUUAAUUGCACAUCAUCAUACUUAAUAAUUGUCAUGUGGUGAGAACUCAGGGUUUAAAUGAAAAACAAAAAUUAAUGAAUGCUUUCAUAAAAGAAAGUUUUUUUUUUUUUUUAAAUGUUAUCGCCUACAAUGUCUUAGGAUAGUCUUAGAUAUUUAUAAUGCAAAUCAACUUGGUUAUCUGAGGUCAAUAACUGCACUGAACUGAAGUACAGUUGUACUGUGAAUAUACAUAAUUGUUCCCACGCAGACAAAAAAAAGUAUAUGAUGUCUCCUUAACUGUGAUGUUUGAUUGAGAUAUGUUUUUCUUCUCAUACCAAACAUCCCUGAUUGUAUGUAAAGUUUAGCAGCACUUCAGGCUGCAUGGCUCAUUUACAUCACAACAUUGUCAUCUUCUUUGGCUUUUUGGAGUUUUCUAAACUGCUCCAGGCCAUAUGAAUGAUAUUUCAGAGGUUUUGAAUUAGCCAACAUCACCCCAAUCAUUUUGUCUCAGAUUAUCUUUAAAGGAAUAGUUUGACAUUUCGGAAAAUGCGCUUAUUCACUUUCCUAGUGAGAAUUAGAUGAAAAAAUUGACACCACUUCAUACCAGACUGGAGCCCAUUUUACAAAAAGUGAUUUGUGAGUAAGGCUUGUGUGCACGUUUGUUACUCCUGCAGUCCUACAGGACUCUCAUAUGCUCAUGCAGGGGUUAGAAAUAUAGUGUUAGUUUUGAUUAGUAAAACAAAGAAAA